AUGAACCGAGCCGGCAAACACACCGAGCUGUACGAGACCCUGGGCGUCGACCCUUCGGCGUCCGAGGCCGACUUGAAGAAGGCUUACAGGAAGAAGGUACGUUGCUGAGCACCGGAGAGAGUUUCAGUUCUAUGAGCGCCGCAGUCCGUGAUCGGCAGGGGGGACCUCCUUCUCCAUGUUGCGAACGUAUAGAGGAGCAUCGUGGAAUCGUGUACGAGACUUGUCGAAUACCUGGGAAGAUUCGUCGCCACCACUUUGCCCCAUCGUCCUCGGCGCUUUCUGUCUGUAUUCGGCGCUUGGGCUGCAGGCUUCCAUUGUUACGCGAUUACGGACCCGCAUGAUACCAGCACAUCACGUCCACGCCAUAUGGGACAAACCGUUGACGUGUUUGGUCGCUCCCGCUCCCUCAGGCUCUGCAAUUGCACCCCGACAAAAACCCCGCAGGAGCUGACGAAUUCAAGGCGUGCAGUCAUGGUCAGUCUCGGCUUACUCAGCGCCGGAUCGGUCGCCUCGUAGGUACUGAUGCGUGUUUUGUGGUUCUGGGCUAUCACACACAGCUUAUGAAGUCCUUUCAGAGUAAGAUUUCCCAUCAUCACCGUCCAAACGUUUCUCUUGACUGAGCCUCUCUCCCUCUUCCCUCUGUCAGCCCCGACAAGCGAAGAAUCUAUGACCAGUACGGCGAGGAAGGUCUCAGCGGUGGCGGACCCGGUGGUAUGGGCGGCAUGGACCCCCAGGACCUCUUCUCGCAACUCUUUGGUGGUGGAGGAGGUUUCUUUGGCGGAGGAGGAGGAGGCGGACGAGGGGGUCGACCUUCGGGCCCCAAGAAGGGCAAGGACCUCGUGCACCGAAUCAAGGUCUCGCUCGAGGACUUGUACAAGGGCAAGACGACCAAGUUGGCGUUGCAGAAGCACGUCCUAUGCACCAAGUGCAAGGGAAAGGGAGGGAAAGAAGGCGCGGUCAAGACCUGCCAAGGGUGCCACGGUCAAGGUGUCAAGGUCGUCUUGCGCCAAUUGGGGCCGAUGGUGCAACAGAUCCAACAGACUUGCAGCGAGUGCAACGGCGAAGGCGAGAUCGUCAAUGCCAAGGACCGCUGCAAGACGUGCAACGGCAAAAAGAUUGUCAACGAGCGCAAGGUUCUCGAGGUCUUUAUCGAUAAGGGCAUGAAGGAAGGUCAAACGAUCACCUUCAACGGCGAGGCCGAUCAGGCACCCAACAUGGAACCGGGGGACGUCGUCAUCGUUGUCGAGGAGAAGCCGCACGACACGUUCAAGCGUCGUGGGGAUGACCUUUACGCUGAGGUUGAGAUUGAUCUGUUGACCGCCUUGGGCGGAGGUGCUUUUGCGAUCCCGCAUUUGGACGACCGUGCGUUGAUGGUCAAGAUCCCGCCGGGGGAUGUCAUCAAGCCUGGUCAGUUUGUGGCACAAGUCUGGGUCGAGACGGUGGAGGCGACUUCAACUGACGACAUAUAUCCCUUCUGAUCUCUCCAGGGGCCGUCAAGGUGAUCCCGAACCAAGGCAUGCCUUCGUACCGACACCACGAAAUGGGUGACCUGAUCGUGCAAAUCAACGUCAAAUUCCCCGACUCGCUCGACCCUUCAACCCUCGACCCUCUCGAAAAGAUCCUUCCCGCUCGACCUGAAUUGCCAACGUUCCCCGAUUCGAUCAUGAUUGAUGAUCACGUCGAAAUGGUUGAUGCUGGCGAUCGAAAGCCGAAGACGAUGCGUGAGGACCAGAUGGAUGAGGAUGAUGAGGGGGGUGCGGGGCCUCAGGUGCAAUGUGCCAAGUACGUCUUCUUUCGGGAUCGGUUCGCUUUGGUCUUAACACGAACUGACAAACAUGCUCUUUUGUUGACCCAUCAGUCAAUAA